ACUUGACAUGUCACUUACUUUCCCCCUCCGUACAAGGUCAGAAAGAUUCAUAAGUGGGCCAACCAAAUAGUCUCCCUUGUUAUUCAGAUUCGUAAUCUCGAACAGACCAGCCAUGCCCAAUUUAAUCGUCAUCGUAGUGCUAUGGAUUCUGGCACUGACCGGUGUUAGCAGCAGAUCUGUGUUUGACCAGCUUUUCCCAGGAUCUGAAGGCUACUACUAUCCACCCACUCCGGCGCAGCAGCCUUCAUAUCCUGGCUGGUACGACGGAGGCUACAGACAGCAGCAGCAGCGACCCCGACCAAAGGAGCAGCAGCGCUCGUACAAAGAUAUUUGCCGUGUGGUCAAUACAAACGGAUUUACUAAUCCAGGGGCAGUACCCCGGUGUCCUUACUAG